GGUAUAUAUAACCGUUCAGUAGUCUUCCGUUGGUAAGCGGAUGUUUAACGUGCUUGAGGCUUUUUUUUAAACUAACUGAAUUUGAAACUUUUGAAAGACAGAAUUUUGACCUGCAAUACAGUUAAGAAAUGGAAAAAAGAUAGUAAAGAUCAACCGAGCAUAAGUCAUGCCAUCAUUUAUAGCUGUUUUACGCUUGGAUGAGUCUUCAACAGGAUGGGCCUUAUCUUAUGGAGACGCUAAAAACAGGGAUUACAAUGUGACCAGUAAUCCUAUGCCACUUAAACUACUUUAUGAAUCGGACGGCGAGAAGAAAACUUAUUUAGGGUAUGAGGCUGAGUGCAAACAUGCGAAUCUGGAACGAAGUAACGCUCAAACGGGAUACUAUUUCUUUACGAAUAUUAUUUCUUUGCUGGGGAAAAAUUCAAGAAAGAAUGUGGACGAGAACAAAGUACUUAUCGAGGAUAUUACUUAAAAAAGUUUGCCAGCAAUAAAUUUGUUUGCAAUAAUUAUACAAUCAUUACUAGAUGACAUGAAAAGGCAACACUCCUCUCAGUACAGAUUUGACGUCAAGGAAGAUCUUUAUUUUGUCAUAGUUGUUCCAGCACUUUUGCAGGAAAGUCGGGGACUGAAUUUGAUAACAAAGGCCGCGUUAAAGGCAGGAAUUAAAGAUAAAAUGGUAUCUGUUGUCACGGACAUAGUCGCACUUUCCUUUUAUUGUCAGUUUGCUUCAUCUCAUGGCUUUUCAAGUGAAGAUACAAAUCUUUUUGUUAGACUAGGUGAUACAACGGAUAUUAUGAAGCAAGGACCUAAACUGGACUGUUCAAAAGGUGGUUCAUCUAUCAAAAGCUUUCAAACUGGUAUGCUUCAAGUAGAAGAAGCUAUAGAAAACUUCAUGAUACAAGUUUUUGGUGAAGAAGUGUUUGAAACGUUCAAGGCGUUAGAAUCAUCUGAGUAUUUUGACAUGAAAGAUUAUGUUGGAUCUAAACUAAGAAAAUUUUCCAAAGAUAAUGUAAAUGUGCGUCUCAAAAUACCCGUGAGUCUCCUAGACAUGUACAAAAAUAUUAACAAAACAAACUUUGCAGAUGAUUUAUGGAAAUUUCGAGAUUUGAGAAAGCGUACUGACAAAUUGGAAAUACCUACGAACAAGUUUAUGGGCUUUGUUGAAAAGGCAAAGAAAGACGUUUUGUCACAUAUAGAAGCAGAACUUAAACCUGAAAAACUGAACAAAAUUUUGAUGUUCGGACAGCUAGCAGAAACAGCGUUUAUACAGGAAGAGGUUAAACUCUUGCAUCAAAAUGUAAAUGUUAUAAGUAAGGCGGACAUUAUAUCAGGCGCUGUAAUCGUUGGUAAAAGGAACACGCCUGGACAAAUAAUAAAAUUGGCUCCAAGAACAAUUAUGGUGGCAUCCCUUGACCUUGGUACAGCGUAUUCAGGUUGGGCCUCUUCAUUUUUCACCGAUUUCAAAUCAGAUCGAACAAAAAUAUCUGCACGAUACUGGAAUUCAGGUUCAAUACAGACUCCAAAAACCCCUACAUGCUUACUGGUAAAACCCGACGGCAAAACGAUAGAAUCCUUUGGCUAUGAAGCUGAAAACAGAUACAGGGAAUUAAUAGAAGAUAAUAUGCACGCUUCCUACUAUUUUUUUCGUCGAUUCAAAAUGGUGUUAAACAGAAAACUCGGCGAGAAAAUCAACAGAAACCUUAUGUUGGAAGAUGAAAUGGGCAGAUCACUGCUUGCUAUUGAUGUUUUUUCGAUGAGUAUUCGAUUCCUGAAAGACGAUGUGCUUGAAAACUGCAACAAACGAAUUUCUGGUGCGGAAAUAGUGGCACAGAACGUUCAAUGGGUUUUGACAGUACCUGCAAUAUGGAAUGAUGGCGCAAAACAAUUCAUGCGGGAAUCGGCUUUAAAGGUAAGAACAUGUUCAUUGAGAAUUUUACAGGUGAUUUCAAAAAAAAAAUAAAAAAAUAAAUCCAAACUUGUUCUUAUUAAUAUUUCGUAUAUACACUGUUUUUAAAUAUUUUGAAUAUUUGAAUAAAUACAUUUCAUCAAUUCUGGGAAAGGAAUUUUAUGACUUUUCCCUUUCUUAUAUUUUCAUUUAUGGACGGUUAUGACCUUAUAAAGUAAUAAAUAUUUUUGCCAUAAGGAUAUUUAUACAAUAUGUAACAAGAAAAAACUGACUAAUUUAUGAUUAAAGAGCCAUUUACAAUUUUAGUUAAUAUAUAUAUAAUUAACUUUGGUUAUACUCUGUUAUAUUAAAUUUAUUACCCUUAUUUAAAAUUCGAAAUUCGACGCUUAUAAGUAGCUAAGUCAAACUGCCAAGCUUUGCAAGUGUGUUUGUCUAUAUAUAACGAGUUAUUUAACUUGAAUAACAAGACGAAACGCUUUGCAUAUGAAAAAGUUGUACUUUAUCAUUGAUUCACAUGGAGAAGUUGACAUUUAAUUGUGAACAAAGUUAUUAAACACUGUGAUAAACUCCCCACCACAGUAAAACUGUAAUACUAUUGAAAAGCAGUGUUUAACCAAAACAUAUUACUAUGAAAGCAAAGAUCAAUAAACAUGAUGGCAUUCAUAAUAAAUAAAGACAUACUAAACACAACCCAGGAACAUAGGACCCGCGGCAAGGAGCCAAGGAGCACAAAAAAAUAAUCAGUUGAGGGAACAAGAGCAAAGCUCGGACUGGUGAUCAUUGAAACCGACAAGGAUAUUAAGGAAGACAAUUGUAUGGGGACAGUACACAUCUCUACUCUCUGUGCUGGAUAAUAAAAUAAAACCAACAAGAAAAGGGGGAAACUCUCAGCAAACAUGCCUAUCAGAUUAAUCUACACUUGAUUGUUAACAAAUAAUUUAAGUUUGAAAUGAAUACAUACCUUACAGAGAUAUUUUAAAUCAAACAAGAGAAAUGAUUAUUGAAAAAGGGCUAUCAAAAUUACCGACCAACCUACAUAUGCAAUUUUAAUUUGACAAUGAACAAAUAUUCAAAGUUUAAAGUAAAUAUUUUUUUUAGAAAUGUACCUCAACCAAAGAAAAGUUAAUCAAGAAAUCAAAAGGCAAAAGGGUGCAUAACUCUGACAAAUAAAUUAAAACUUACCUACUCUUUAGAAAUGCAUUCCUAUUUAAAAACUGGAAAAGUAUUUCAAGUUUGAAGUAAUUAACUUGGACAGUUUUUGAGGUAUUGACAUAAGAAAUAAAAAGAGGCAUAACUUUGCAAAAAUGAUUUUUAGGAUUAUCUGGUCUUCUGAAAUAGUGCCAUGUUUUGAUAGUAAACAUGGACAUCAAGCUUUGAUAGUUACUGAGAAAAUAGAUCUUAAUAAAAAGGUUAACCAUGGCUAUCAAUCUUAGUGGAAUAAAAGGGUCAUGAUGGCCCUUUUAUCACCCACCUGACUGAAAUAUACACUGGCUGCUAUUAAAAGUCAAUGGUUGCCAUGAAAAGUAAAUGGUUACUAUGGAUGUCACUGUUCGCUAAGAAAAGUCACUGUUCGCUAUGAAAAGUAAAUGGUUAUUGUAAAGGAUUUCGGAUAACAACUAGACUUUUCGAGUAUGCGCUUCUAUAUAUAUAUCUUUUAUUUUCACACAUCAGCAUAAAACAAAGCGAUUCUUUGAAACAAAUGAUAAAGUAAUUAACUAAUACAUUCAUUUCUGAUAUAAACUUAACAAAUAAAUAAUAGAAUAGAAUAAUUAAAUAAUUAUUUCCUAUGACGAAGAAUCUUAAUAAACAGAAGUACAGUAAAAAUCCAUAAAAUAAAUAAUCGUAACAAUAGAAUAAAAUUAAUAAAUACUUCAUUAGAAAAUUCUUUUUAUCCGUUAACAAAUAAAUAAAUCAAAAUAAUUUAUGCAGCUAUCAUACCGACUAUAAUGUCUUUCACAUCGAAACCUUUAAAAUACAGUUUCAGCUUUAACGUUUAACGCCGCUACAUAUAACGGAAGUUACCUUUUAAAUUCAUUACAAACAAUUACGUCAAAAUGACGCGCAAAACUGUUCACCGCGUAACGUAAAUAAUUUGGCGCCAAACAACGUUUAACGUAAGAAAUAUAUUUUAAUUAGAAUCGGUAAUAAACGAUUCUUACAGUUAUUAUUGAAAGUAAUUGCAUUGCUAUUGAAAACACUCGUUGCUAUGGAACUAAGGAAAGUCAGUGAUUGCUAUCGA